AGAAAAAAUUCUCAAGAAGCCAUAGUAGCAAGUGUGCUCUUUCCUUCCGAGUUUAAAGUCUUUCAUUACAAUUUCCAUGUUUUCUAUUUUUUCCUCUGGAGCGCAUCGCUCGGAAAUUUAUACGUAGUAUCCGACUCAAUUUGGUCUGGCUGUUUUAAUAGCUCGAUCAAGGCAUUCUAUCCAACAUAAAAGGGACAUAAAUUAUGAAUAACCAGGGUAGGGGGGAGCACCACGUUGAGCUAAGCAGCACUAACCCUGUUGAAGUGCAACACAAAAGUCAUUCCAAUCGGUCUCCACCUGGAGGAUCUUCAGAAACAAAACCAUUCAUGGAUGUACGGAAUAUGAUAACAAAAAUACUCGAGGAAGUACCGGACAUGACAUUUCUACUUUUAUUUGUCAUUGGACUGAUGAUAGAUCCUCUGUUCUUGUACCUACCUUUCAUCAAUGACAAAAAGAAGUGCAUUGGAUUUGACGAAAAGAUGGGGUUUGCAACUACUUUUUUGCGAUCACUUGUUGAUCUCACUUCCGUAGUAUAUUCAGUCUGGCGAUUUCAGAAAAAGAAUUUAUCGAAAUCACAUCUUAUAAUUAACAUUCUCGCAGUUCUUCCUAUUCCACAAGUGCUACUAGCUCUGCAAUUCAGAAUGGGAAGUUAUGGACAUCCGUAUGAUAUAUAUUUUGUAAAUUUCUUUCUUGCUGCCCCAUAUGUACCAAGGUUCUGUCGAUUUAUCAAACUCUACCGAAAGAGAGACAUGUAUGGAAGUCUUCUGGGUGUUUUGUCUCUCUACUUCCUUACUAGUCACGUGCUAGGAGCAUUUUGGUACUUUUUUUCUAUUCAACGAGUAGCAUCAUGUUGGUACCAAGCAUGUAGUACUCCACGAUGUAAAGUUACGUAUUAUUGCAGUGGCACUACUCCUAAUAACAUCACAGUGCUUAAUCAGUUAUGCUCAAUAAAUCCAUCAAAUGCUUCAACAUUUGAUUUUGGAAUAUUUCAUGAUGCUUUUCAAUCUGGUAUCACUGGACCAAUGACUCCUAAAAAGUUGUAUUACUCUUUUUGGUGGGGCCUUCGAAAUCUAAGUAAUUUUGGCACGAAUCUACAAACAAGUCCUUACCUGUGGGAAAUUUACUUUGCAGUCGUCAUUUCCAUUAGUGGCCUGUUUCUACUAACAAUAGUUAUUGGAACGAUGCAGAUAAUGUUGCAGUACGACGAAGAGAGACGGACGACGCUAUUGAGAUCCAAGAAAGCUUUGAAAGUGUGGAUGCACAGAAAUGGUGUCCCUAAAAAUUUGCGGGAGGAAAUUAUGAGAAGUAUGGUGAAAAAAGUGGAAGGCAAAGACGGUAAUACAGAUCUAACAGAAAUGGCGUCCCUGGAAGUGUGGUUGAACAGGAAUGGUGUCCCUGAGAAUUUGAGGGAGGAAAUUAUGAGAAGUAUGGUAGAAAAAGUGGAAGGCAAAGACGGUAAUACGGAGAAUCUAACUGAUCUGGGAAAUCUAUUCUCCAUUCUUCCUUCUGAAACCCAAAAAACUCUGAAGCGUGAUCUCUGCAUGAGUACGCUAACCAAAGUACCACGCCUUAAAGGCCUUAAAGAUAUGGAUGUGAAGGUGUUAGAAAUGAUGUGCGACUAUCUGAAGCCAGUGGUGUUCACUGAAAAUAGCUGGGUUGUUAAGAUCGACGAACAGCUUGAUCGCAUGCUACUCAUCACAAAAGGCACUAUGUUGAUCUACCCACCUAAUACUAGUACUGAUGCUACUCUUCGAGCUGCAAGAGUAACAGAUACCGGUUCUUCAUCGAUGAUCCGCAAACCCUCCCUUAAGAAAGGUGAUAUUUAUGGAGAUGAAGAACUUUUGAGUUGGGCAUCAUCGCCCGACAUGCAUGUAACUUUUGCGAAUCUUCCUAUCUCGAAAGAAAAUGUCAAAUGCCAUUCGAAAGUGGAAGGCUUUGCUCUCACAGCCAAUGACUUGAAGAAAGUAAUCUCGAAAUUACACUAUAAUCCCUUUAGUUAUGAUGCGGGGGUGCCACAAUUGGGUACGGUGGGUGGUGAUCAUAAGGAGUCUGAUCAAGACUCGGAACAAUCAGAUGGCUAAUGAAACCAUAAAUAUAAUGCUGUGAAUCCACCAACUAGUAUUUGCAUAGUGCAGCAGUGGCGCCUUUUGUUUUUUUUUUUCCCCUUCUUUAUGGUCAGUACUGCGGAGCUUUUGUGUAUGCUUGUGUAGUUGUGUGCAUGGUUUGUAACUCAGGAGUGACGACAUAUUAAGAGAGCACUCGA